GGGUGUCGAGAGGGCGGGUCCGGGCUUCCUUCCUUGUCUUCUGGCGCACCACCUGCCUUCGCUGCGGCGGGGGGCGCCGUAUACCCUACGAGCGACCGUUCCGGGAAGCAGCUCCGGGAGCGGAAGUGGAGAAUGGUUUCCUGGAGUGGGGAGAGUGAGUGAAGCGCUGCCUCUCUAGACUCGGGGAGCCAAGGUGGGCGUAAGCGAAGAUUUUAAUUUAAUUUGAAAAUGAGUAAGUGCAGAAAACCACCCCUGGGUUCAAGUCCUGAGACAUUCAGCCCAGAUGUUGUUGCUGACAUUUUUGAACUCUUUGCCAAGAACUUUUCUUAUGGCAAGCCACUUAAUAACGAGUGGCAAUUACCAGAUCCCGGUGAGAUUUUCACUUGUGACCACACGGAAUUUAAUGCAUUGCUUGAUUUGAAGAACUCCCUAAAUGAAGUAAAAAACCUACUGAGUGACAAGAAAUUGGAUGAGUGGCAUGAACACACUGCUUUUACUAAUAAAGCUGGAAAAAUAAUUUCUCAUGUGAAAAAAUCUGUAAACGCUGAACUUUGUACUCAAGCGUGGUGUAAGUUUCAUGAAAUUUUGUGCAGCUUUCCACUUAUUCCACAGGAAGCUUUUCAGAAUGGAAAACUGAAUUCCCUACACCUUUGUGAAGCUCCUGGAGCUUUUAUAGCUAGUCUCAAUCACUACUUAAAAUCCCAUCGGUUCCCCUGUGAUUGGAGUUGGGUAGCUAAUACUUUGAAUCCAUACCAUGAAGCAAAUGACAAUCUUAUGAUGAUUAUGGAUGACCGACUUAUAGCAAAUACCUUGCAUUGGUGGUACUUUGGUCCAGAUAACACCGGUGAUAUCAUGAACUUGAAAUAUCUGACUGGACUUCAGAAUUUCAUAAGCAACAUGGCUACCAUUCACUUGAUCACUGCAGAUGGGAGUUUUGAUUGCCAAGGAAACCCAGGUGAACAAGAAGCUUUAGUCUCUUCUUUGCAUUACUGUGAAGUUGUCACUGCUCUGACGACUCUUGGAAAUGGUGGCUCUUUUGUUCUGAAGAUGUUUACUUUGUUUGAACAUUGUUCCAUAAACCUGAUGUACCUGCUAAACUGUUCUUUUGACCAAGUCCAUGUUUUCAAACCUGCUACUAGCAAGGCAGGAAACUCAGAAGUCUAUGUGGUGUGUCUCCGUUAUAAGGGAAGAGAGGCAAUCCAUCCUCUGUUAUCUAAGAUGGUGCUGAACUUUGGGACUGAAAUGACCCAGAAAGCUCUCUUUCCCCAUCAUGUGAUUCCCAAAUCUUUUCUUAAAAGGCAUGAAGAAUGUUGUAUGUUCUUUCAUAAAUACCAGCUAGAGACUAUUUCUGAGAACAUUCGUCUGUUUCAGUGCAUGGGAAAAGGGGAACAAAUAAAACUGAAUACUUUAAGGGACUGUGCUGUUCAAUAUUUUAUGGAAAAGUUUCAGUUGAAGCCUCUUUCCAGAAAUAAUUGGCUAGUGAAAAAAUCUAGUAUUGGUUGUAGUACAAAUACAAAACGGUUUGGGCAGAGGAACAGAUAUUUUAAAACCUAUAAUGAAAGGAAAAUGCUGGAAACCCUUUCAUGGAAAGAUAAGGUGGCCAAAGGAUACUUUAAUAGUUGGGCGGAAGAACAUGCUGUGUAUCAUUCUGGGCAGAGUUCUCUCUUAGAAGGGACAGCUUCCAGUCUUGAGUGUCACUUAUGGCAUAUUUUAGAGGGAAAGAAACUGCCAAAGGUAAAGUGUUCUCCUUUCUGUGAUGGUGAAAUUUUAAAGGCUCUUAAUGAAGCAAUUGAAAAGUCAUUAGGAGGAGCCUUGAAUUUGGAUUCCAAGUUCUGGCCCAAACAGCAGGAUUAUUGUUCUUGUCAUAUUUUUACUGAAGAACUGAUAUUUACUGAGUUGUUUAGCCUUACCAAGUGCCUUCAGGAUGAGCAGGUCGUAGAACCCAGCAACCGAAUAAAGUGCCUGCUUGUGGGCUUUCCAACCCUCAGUGACAUCAAAACGCAUAUACCGUUGGAAGUUCAGUUCUUGGAACCAGCGGAACUCAUGACUUGCAGCUGUUCGUUGCUUCAUGAUGGAGACCCAGUUUACCAGCAGCUGUUUUUGGACUGCUUUCUACGUGCGUUGCAGCAGCUUCAGACAGGAGAUGCUAUGAUUUUGCCUGUACUUUCUUGUUUUACGAGAUUUAUGGCUGGUUUGAUUUUUGUACUCCACAAUUGUUUUAGGUUCAUCACAUUUUCUUGUCCCACUUCCUCUGAGCCCCUGAAGACCUGUGCAGUCCUGCUGUGUGUGGGUUACCAGGACCUUCCGAAUCCAGUUUUCCAGUAUCUGCAGAAUGUGAAUGACUUGUUGAGCUCUUUGCUGAAUUCUGAUGCACCCCAGCAGGUUUUACAGUUUGUGCCAAUGGAGGUGCUCCUUAAGGGGGCACUGCUUGAUUUUUUGUGGGAUUUGAAUGUGGCCAUUGCUAAAAGGCAUUUGCAUGUGAUUAUUCAAGGAGAGAGAGAAGAAAUCAUCAGCAGCCUUCAGCUAUGAAAUUGAAACUUUCUGAGAUUUAACUUUAUGACUUCUUACAGUUUCCAUUGUUAUUGUAGUCUUUUGCUAUUAAUUUAAAACCUUUCAUUUGAGGGAAAGGCCAACUUUUGCAUCAUUGAAAGUCUCAUUAUUUCUGGAAAACCACCAGCUAGUUCUGAUCUCAUAUAUAUGCCCUUAGGCAUAGAGUUUUCCAUGUGGUGCAGUCUAUGCAGUGAUGAAACUCAACCUCAGACGUGAGAUGUGUGUGGGUGGAUGGGGUAGACACACCCAUACUUAUUUAAGCAGUUUUGUUGGUCGUCCUUACCUGUUUAAGAUUUGCACCCAUGUGCCUUCAUUCAAAUUAGAUUUUUUCCCAACUGAUUUCCUCAGUGGAUAAUGCUGUUAAUAAAUUGAUAGACGUCUUUGAUGAAAGGAGGUGGAAACCUCAGCUGCACCGGUUUUCUUUACUCCUGACCACGUCACUUAUGGAUUCGGGGAACUCCUUUUGCCAGAUGCUGAAUAUGUGCCAUUCCUUGCCUUUAGACCACUGACCCAAUUUACUGGUGUGGUUUAAAUGAAGCUAGUGUGCUGUUUUAUAAAUAUUUCACUAACCACAGCCAUCCAGCUAGUCCAUCCAGGACAACUUCAAACCAAAGAUCAUGUUUAAAACAAUGAAAAAUCACUGUGGCUAAUACACACAUGUAUCAUGAAAAGCUUCAUUUAGCAAUCAUGUAGUAAUUUUUAACUUCCAGGAAAUAAUCUGUGAACUAAAGGAUUUUUUUAGAUUGCAAAAUAGUGUGUAUGGUCUCAUAUUGGAGAUGUAUGAAUGUGAUGAACGUAGUGAACCCUAAAGAAAAAUUUUAACACUUCCAGAAUGAUGAUUCAACAUUUCAGAAUUUUUAAUUUCUUUUUUCAGUAUGAAAGUAGCACUUUAUUAAAAGAUUAACCGUAAGAUGGUUAUUUUAUCAGUUAUGUCUGAUUGCUUUUAAAUUAUAUGUAUUCGACCACGUAAAUGAGCUUUUCUGGCAAACUGUAUUAAGCAAAUCUUCAUUACUUUGUAAUUACACAAAGUGAAGAGUGUACUCUCACAUGUGCAUUUUAGACAUUUGUGUUAGUUAUAUAAAAAGUAGAUGUAUUCUCUCAUGUAUUUGGUUGAUAAAUAUUAAUCUGAAUUUUUAGAAUGUUCUUUGCUAUUUUGAGCUACAUUAUAGAUUCAUGAAUAAAGUCAUUAGCAGAGAGAUUUUGUGUUCGUCUUUUUUAAAGAGAAUCAUGGGGGAAGUUAAAAAUAUAACUUGGAAACAUUUUUUUUUAAGGAAGGUUUGAAUGGGAGUUAAUGUUCUUUCAUUUCCUCUGAUAUGUAUUCAUUAAAAUUUAGUUCUUAAUAUUGUAAUAUUUAUGGAAUUUCUACUUCGGGAAAGAAACUGAAUACUUAGGGAGGAGAAGGGGGUAGAUUGAGUUCUUGCCAAGGGGGGUACGGAGGCCUGGAGGGAGAUUUCCAAAAGAAUUGUAAUUUCUUAUUGGUGGGUGACUUUAUGGAAACGGUUCUAGUUGUAUAAUGAUAAAAAUCUGACAGAAAAUUGGUUACUAGGAGAGAAUUAAAAAUCACUCUGGGAAAACCAUUUUGUACUUAAUAGUCUUUAUGCCUUGGUUGGUUUGGUCUAAUAUAAUGGCACAGUUUAUUUUUGUUUUUUUUUAACCAGUUCGUUUGAAUGAAGUUGAAAGCCUAGGUCCAGGUUCUGGUAUUAAAACUUUCUUUUAAGCGUCUCAAAUAAGUACUGAAUGCUUAGUUGUUGUUGUUGUGUGUGUGUGUAUUUUUUUUUUU